AUGGCAAGAAGAGGUAAGACGGUGGCGAGGACGCUGGAAGAUCUGACGCUGGACUCGGGUUAUGGUGGCGCGGCGGACUCCGUCAGGUCCUCCAACUUGUCCCUGUGCUGCUCCGAUUCCCCCCACGCGGCGCACCCCUAUGGAGGAAACGGCUGGCAGCCGCCGCAGCCGCAGCAGCAUCUAACUGACUCGAUGCACAGUCGACACAACAGCUUCGACACCGUCAACACUGUCCUGGUGGAGGACUCCGAAGGGCUGGACUGCGCCGGGCAGCACUGCUCCAGGCUGCUGCCUGACCUUGACGAGGUCCCCUGGAGCCUGGACGAGGUGGAGGCUCUCCUCCUGCAGCGCAAAGAGUCCCGGGGGCUGGGGGUGGCCGCCGCCAGCGCCAGCAGCGCCGCCAGCUCCGGCGGCGGCAGCCCUCCUCCCAAAGAUGGCUUGGCCAGGCUCUCCACCUUGGUCAGCCGGGCGCUCGUCCGGCUGGCCCGGGAGGCGCAGAGGCUGAGCCUGCGCUUCGCCAAGUGCACCAAGUACGAGGUGCAGAGCGCCAUGGAGAUCGUCCUGGGCUGGAGCCUGGCGUCCAGCUGCACGGCGGCCGCCCUGGGCGCCCUGUCCCUCUACAACAUGAGCAGCAGCGGUGGCGACCGCUUCAGCCGGGGCAAGUCGACCCGCUGCGGCCUCACCUUCUCGGUGGGCAAGUUCUACCGCUGGAUGGUGGACAGCCGGGUGGCCGUGCGCAUCCACGAGCACGCCGCCAUCUACUUGACCGCCUGCGUUGAGAACCUCUUCCGAGAGAUCUACGGCAGAACCCUCAGCAGCGGCAGCAACGCCGCCUCCGCGGCCGCCGCCGCCGCCGCCUCCAGCGAAGCGCCAAAGUUUACGCUCGAGUCGCUGGAGCAGACGGUCAACAAUGACUCGGAGUUGUGGGGGCUGCUGCAACCCCACCAGCACCUCAUCUGCGGGAAGAACGCCAGCGGUGAUAUAUCUGUCCCAAGAUAUCUCUUUCCGUAUCAGGGAGGGCUAAAGGGACAUGACGUAAGACAGGAUAUGUUUAGCCAGUCCGAGUUACGGACCAUCGAGCAAUCGUUGCUUGCAACGCGUGUGGGAAGUAUUGCUGAACUCAGUGACCUGGUGUCCCGAGCAAUGCAUCACCUGCAGCCUCUCAGUGCGAAGCAGCAUAGCAACAGUACUCCCAUGCACCACAAGCAGGGGUCACUGUACUGGGAACCGGAGGCCUUGUACACCCUCUGUUACUUCAUGCAUUGCCCACAGAUGGAAUGGGAGAACCCAAACGUGGAGCCUUCCAAAGUCACUCUACAGACGGAAAGGCCUUUCAUAGUGCUGCCACCUCUGAUGGAAUGGAUAAGAGUAGCGCUGGCGCACGCAGGGCACCGUCGCAGUUUCUCCGUGGACAGCGAUGAUGUUCGGCAAGCAGCCAGGCUCUUGCUACCAGGAGUUGACUGUGAACCUCGGCAGCUAAAAAUCGACGACUGCUUCUGUGCUUCUCGGAAGCUGGAUGCUGUAGCCACGGAAGCAAAAUUCAAGCAGGACCUGGGUUUCCGAAUGUUGACUUGUGGCCGAACAGACCUGGUCAAACAGGCCAUAUCAUUGCUGGGACCAGAUGGAAUCAACAGCAUGAGUGAGCAGGGCAUGACGCCACUGAUGUACGCCUGUGUGAGGGGUGAUGAGGCCAUGGUUCAGAUGUUGCUGGAUGCAGGAGCAGAUCUCAAUGCUGAGGUUGUCAGUACUCCUCAUAAAUAUCCAUCCGUCCACCCUGAGACCCGCCAUUGGACCGCCCUGACAUUUGCUGUGUUGCAUGGACAUAUUCCUGUAGUUCAGCUGUUGUUGGAUGCUGGAGCCAAAGUAGAAGGCUCUUUGGAGCACGGUGAUGAAAACUACUCUGAAACUCCCUUGCAGCUAGCAGCAGCAGCUGGAAAUUUUGAACUUGUUAGUCUGCUUUUGGAGCGAGGGGCGGACCCCAUGAUUGGAACCAUGUACAGGAAUGGAAUUUCCAUGACUCCUCAAGGUGAUAUGAACUCCUUCAGCCAGGCUGCUGCCCAUGGACACAGAAAUGUGUUUCGCAAGCUGCUUGCUCAGCCAGAGAAGGAGAAGAGUGAUAUCCUGUCCCUGGAGGAGAUCCUGGCUGAGGGAAGUGACUUGGCAGACAAUGCACCAGCCCCAUUAUGUGCCAGCCGCAACAGCAAAGCCAGACUGAAAGCUCUGAAAGAGGCGAUGUAUCACAGUGCUGAGCAUGGCUACGUGGAUGUAACCAUUGACAUCAGGAGCAUAGGUGUCCCAUGGACUCUCCACACAUGGCUAGAAUCCUUGCGAACUGCUUUUCAACAGCACAGAAGACCUCUCAUCCAGUGCUUGCUGAAAGAAUUUAAAUCUAUUCAGGAGGAAGAAUACACUGAAGAACUCGUCACACAAGGGUUGCCUUUGAUGAUUGAGAUCUUGAAGGCAAGUAAGAAUGAAGUGAUAAGUCAACAACUGGCUGUCAUUUUCACUCACUGCUAUGGACCAUAUCCUAUUCCCAAGCUCAUUGAAAUCAAACGCAAGCAGACCUCUCGUUUAGAUCCUCACUUUCUUAACAAUAAGGAAAUGUCAGAUGUUACAUUCCUUGUGGAAGGAAGACCAUUUUAUGCACACAGAGUAUUACUGUUUACUGCAUCUCCCAGGUUUAAAGCCCUGUUGUCCAGCAAACCUGCAUCUGACAGCACUUUUAUUGAGAUCAGCUAUGUGAAGUAUCCCAUUUUCCAGCUUAUUAUGCAGUAUCUCUACUGUGGGGGCUCAGAGUCACUUCUCAUUAAAAACAAUGAAAUCAUGGAGCUUCUAUCUGCUGCUAAGUUUUUCCAGCUUGAAGCUUUGCAACGACACUGUGAGAUCAUCUGUGCAAAAAGUAUCAACACAGAAAACUGUGUGGAUAUUUAUAAUCAUGCUAAGUUUCUUGGAGUCACAGAACUAGCUUCCUAUUGUGAGGGUUACUUUCUGAAAAAUAUGAUGGUACUCAUUGAAAACGAAGCUUUCAAACAGCUCCUGUAUGACAAGAAUGGAGACUCCUCUGGCCAAAAUGUACUCCAGGAUUUACAGAGGACGUUGGCAGCACGGAUCCAGUCAAUUCAUUUGUCGUCAUCAAAAGGCUCCAUUGUAUAAAGUUCAGGAAGGGAAGGGCUUGACAUUUUGGGAAAAACAGUCCGAAUGUUGCUGUUGCCAUUUUUUGAGCAAAUACACAACAUUCACUUUUCCUACUGGAGUAUUACAUUGCAGAUGUGGUCCAAAGGUGCUGUCAUUUACUUGAAUCUUCUCUUGAGCAAGAGGUGGUGGUACAUGUGACUCUUGUGCAUUUUUGGAACUACGUUGGAUGUAUUGCUAUCCUGUGAAUUGCUGUUCAAAUUCUGAAUGUGGAAAUGCAACUAAUGCCAACAGAAGAUGGGCCAUGCGCUGGUGAAUAAGAGAAACCCCAAAAAGAGCGAGGAUGCCAUGGAACAAUUAUUUGUCAAAACAACAUAUCAGGUUGUUUCUGUUGCACAGUGUCAUACUUCUUUUUGCGUGUGUGUGAGAACUGUAUUCUUCCCUAUCCUACUUCCCACUGUAUUAUGCAUUUAAGAAACAUAAAACCUGAUAGCUGCUCUUUAGCAAGAGUCAAAGAACUGGUAAGACUGUUACAAAUGGAAAAUAUAUAUAUUGGGAAAUUUUUACUGGUGGGAACUUUUUAAAUUUGUUCAUAUCAAAUGGGGUGGCCUUAUAGUUAAAGGUGUUGGGUUUUUUCCCCCUUAACCUCAAAAUUUUGCUUUUGACAGAGAUAUAUUUGAGAAUGUAUGUAACAUGUUAAG